AUGGAUAUGGAUGCAACACUUGCUCCGGAAGAUCAUACACAAGGGGAUGCUUCCAUUCCUAUACCGACGACAGGUACUUCCACCCCUGUAGACCCACAUCUGCAGCUACUUCUUGUGCAAGAUACUGAGAAGGGAGUAAAUCCCUUGGGUCGGGCUAAAAGAAAGGCUCAGGUCAGCGGCAAGAAAUGGUUCGAGCCCCGCGUCGUCUCCAUCGGGCACUACAACUGCAAGGACGACGCGAAACAUAAACGCCUCCAAGUGAAACAAGAGCACAAGCAGGAGUUCUAUAGCAUUCUACAGUCCCGCGUCAAAACAAGCAUGGAAGAAUUGAUGGAAACCAUACGCCGGCCAGUACUUGAAGCUGCUGAUGCCAGAUCAGGUCAUUACUCACAAAAGAUUAAGCUCAACUCCUCGACGAUCGAUCCGUUCCUCAGAAUGCUGGUUCUUGAUGGUUGUUUUAUAUUAGAAUUGUUUCGAGUACUUGGAAAAUCGAGAAAGAUCGAGUCUGAUCACCCUCUCGCCUCCGUGGCAUGGGCAAUACCACAGUUCUACGGGGAUCUUCUUCUGCUUGAGAAUCAGAUCCCCUUUGUUGUUCUGAAAAAGUUAUUUGAAACUUCCAAAAUGCCUGAUGAGGACUAUCCUUUGUCCUUGCUUGCUUUGAGAUUCUUUAACAAGGUAAUGCGCAGAUCCGACGAAGAUCUCAUAAAGAUGAGCGAGAAACUCAAUGACAGCUUGCAUUUGCUGGACUUGGUUCGGGGAAGUUUUAUCACUCGCUAUCUAGAUCAGCCACCAGAGGAGAAAAAACCAGUACCGGUGAUAUACUGCAUCACGAAGCUCCUCAAAGCGGGGAUUAAGAUCAAAAUGAGUGAGGCGGCCGACAACUUCUUGGCUGUGAAAUUCAAGAACGGAGUGAUUGAGAUGCCCAAAAUAACCGUCGACUACUUCAUGCACUCUUUCGUGGUGAACUGUCGGGCAUUCGAGCAGUUGGACAACAAAAGCUCCAAGCACAUCACAGUUUACGCCUAUUUCUUGGACUGCUUAGUAAACACAGCCAAGGACGUCGAGUACCUAUACGAACAAAACAUCAUUGACGGUUAUGUUGGGAAGAACAGCGAGGUCGUGCAAUUCAUCAACAAGUUGGGGAAGGAGAUGGAUGUUGAAACCGAUCAGUUUUAUUUAUACAACUUUUUCGAAAAGGUAAACCAUCGUUAUAAUGACAAGUGGAAAGUGCGAUGGACGGAGUUCAAGCAUAGACCUACUACACCAUCUACGCUUAUUAUCAUCCCAAAUAAUGGGCUUAAUAUCUCCUACUCGAUCCGUCUGUUACGUGCAUGCACUGCAUGUCUUAUCCAUGAACAGCUACAAAGGUGUCCGUAUGGGAAGCUAGAUCAUGCUCAAGUUGUACGCCGUGUGCUUGAUUAG